UCGAUUCUUACAAUGUGUCGAAACAGUGACGCUUUAGAUUUUUCUCUCUAUAUUUUGUGAUUUUUGCCUCAAUUUUGCCGCUAUUUAAAAUAAUAAUUGGACUCAUUCGAAGGUGGAACAAAAACCAUUCAGUAGUGGUUCAAGUGCCGUACAAACGUGCAUAUACACACUACUAUUCAGUGUUUCUGUCAUUCAUUCAACAGAAGAAAAUUUACUUAGUGAUUGACAAAUAAAAAUAACUGUGUUAUUCCGCCAUUUUAGUGGCGGCAAAGACCAUCCAAGUAGAUUUUUGUGUGUUUUUAAAUAAUAAAUCGCAAAUUAUUCUGCAAAAAUGGCUAUGAGCGACUCAAAAGCACCAUUGCGCACGGUAAAGCGUGUGCAAUUCGGCAUAUUGUCACCCGAUGAAAUCCGUCGAAUGUCAGUUACCGAAGGCGGAAUUCAGUAUCCAGAAACUAUGGAAGGUGGUCGACCAAAGCUUGGCGGUUUGAUGGAUCCGCGUCAAGGUGUAAUUGAACGAACAUCAAGAUGUCAAACAUGCGCCGGUAAUAUGACAGAAUGUCCCGGACAUUUUGGUCAUAUUGAACUGUGUAAGCCGGUCUAUCAUGUUGGUUUCUUGACAAAAACAAUGAAAAUUUUACGUUGCGUUUGCUUCUAUUGCUCAAAGAUGUUAGUUAGUUCGACAAAUCCAAAAAUUAAAGAAAUUGUUAUGAAAACAAAAGGCCAACCGCGUAAACGUUUGACAUAUGUAUAUGAUUUGUGCAAAGGUAAAAAGAUUUGUGAGGGCGGUGAAGAUAUGGAUUUGGCAAAGGAUGCAUCACAAGCGGAUCCAUCAAAGAAACAAGGUCAUGGUGGUUGUGGUCAUUAUCAGCCGUCGAUAAAACGUAGCGGAUUGGAAUUGACAGCUGAAUGGAAACAUGUGAACGAAAAUUCACAAGAGAAAAAAAUGGUGGUGACCGCUGAACGUGUAUGGGAAAUUUUCAAGCAUAUCACAGAUGAAGAGUGUUACAUACUUGGUAUGGAUCCAAAAUAUGCACGUCCUGAUUGGAUGAUAAUCACAGUGAUGCCGGUGCCACCGUUGUCUGUGCGACCGGCCGUUGUAAUGUUCGGUUCAGCCAAAAAUCAAGAUGAUUUAACGCACAAACUGGCCGAUAUUAUUAAAGCCAACAAUGAAUUGAAAAAGAACGAAGCGAUGGGUGCUGCAGCGCAUGUUAUCGCGGAAAAUAUUAAAAUGUUACAAUUUCAUGUGGCAACAUUUACAGAUAAUGACAUGCCUGGUAUGCCGCGUGCAACACAAAAAUCGGGCAAACCAUUAAAAGCAGUAAAGGCACGUCUAAAAGGAAAAGAAGGUCGUAUUCGUGGUAAUUUGAUGGGAAAACGUGUCGAUUUUUCAGCACGUACUGUCAUCACACCAGAUCCAAAUUUGCGCAUUGAUCAAGUCGGUGUUCCACGAUCAGUCGCACAAAAUCUUACAUUUCCCGAACUCGUUACACCAUUCAAUAUCGAUCGAAUGCAAGAACUUGUUAAACGUGGCCAUUCACAAUAUCCCGGCGCUAAAUAUAUUGUUCGUGACAAUGGCGAACGUAUCGAUUUAAGAUUUCAUCCGAAACCAAGUGAUUUACAUUUACAAUGGGGCUACAAAGUGGAACGACAUUUACGUGACGAUGAUUUAGUUAUUUUCAAUCGACAACCAACUCUGCACAAAAUGAGUAUGAUGGGUCACAGAGUGAAAGUAUUGCCUUGGUCAACGUUUCGAAUGAAUCUCAGUUGUACGUCACCCUACAAUGCUGAUUUUGAUGGUGACGAAAUGAACUUGCAUGUACCACAAUCGAUGGAGACACGUGCCGAAGUAGAAAAUAUCCAUAUUACACCUCGACAAAUUAUAACACCGCAAGCGAAUAAACCAGUCAUGGGUAUUGUGCAAGAUACGUUAACGGCUGUUCGUAAAAUGACCAAACGAGAUGUUUUCAUUGAGAAAGAGCAAAUGAUGAAUUUGUUGAUGUUUUUACCCACUUGGGACGGUAAAAUGCCGCAACCAUGUAUUUUAAAACCAAAGCCAUUGUGGACGGGAAAACAAUUGUUCACUCUCAUUAUUCCGGGCAAUGUAAAUUUGAUUCGAACACAUUCGACACAUCCAGACGAAGAAGAUGAUGGCCCAUACAAAUGGAUCUCGCCAGGUGAUACAAAAGUAAUGGUCGAACACAGUGAAUUGAUAAUGGGAAUAUUGUGUAAGAAAACACUUGGUACAUCGGCCGGUUCAUUGCUACAUAUCGUUUUCCUUGAAUUGGGCCACGAAAUUGCUGGCCGUUUCUAUGGUAACAUUCAGACUGUAAUUAACAAUUGGUUGCUGUUGGAAGGUCAUAGUAUGGGUAUUGGUGAUACAAUUGCCGAUCCUCAGACAUAUCAUGAAAUCCAACAGUCUAUUCGCAAGGCCAAAGAGGAUGUCAUCGGGGUUAUUCAGAAAGCGCACAAUAUGGAAUUGGAACCCACCCCGGGUAAUACACUUCGUCAGACUUUCGAAAAUCAAGUAAAUCGUAUUUUGAACGAUGCUCGUGAUAAAACUGGUGGCUCAGCUAAGAAGUCAUUGACUGAAUACAACAAUCUCAAAGCUAUGGUCGUGUCUGGUUCAAAAGGAUCAAACAUUAAUAUUUCUCAAGUUAUUGCUUGUGUAGGACAACAAAACGUUGAGGGUAAACGUAUUCCGUUUGGUUUUCGUAAGCGUACAUUACCACAUUUCAUCAAAGACGAUUACGGUCCCGAUUCAAGAGGAUUCGUCGAGAAUUCAUAUCUGGCCGGUUUGACACCAUCUGAAUUUUAUUUCCACGCUAUGGGCGGUCGUGAAGGUCUUAUCGAUACAGCUGUCAAAACAGCCGAAACUGGUUAUAUUCAACGUCGUUUGAUCAAAGCUAUGGAGUCGGUAAUGGUAAACUAUGAUGGUACUGUUAGAAAUUCGGUCGGUCAAUUGAUUCAGUUGCGUUACGGUGAAGACGGUCUUUGUGGUGAAACUGUUGAGUUCCAAAGUCUACCGACCAUUAAAUUGUCACACAAAACAUUUGAAAAACGUUUUAAAUUUGAUAUGUCCAACGAACGAUACUUACGUCGUAUUUUCAAUGAAGAUGUUGUUAAAGAAUUGACCGAAUCAGGUUUUGUAAUUCAAGAGCUUGAAGGUGAAUGGGAACAAUUAUGUCGGGAUCGUGAGGCCUUACGUCAAAUCUUCCCGAGUGGUGAAUCAAAGGUCGUAUUGCCAUGUAAUUUACAAAGAAUGAUUUGGAAUGUACAGAAAAUUUUCCAUAUCAAUAAGCGUGUACCAACCGAUUUAAGUCCGAUUAAAGUCAUUAACGGUGUCAAAGAAUUGCUACAAAAAUGUGUGAUUGUAGCUGGAAAUGAUCGUAUAUCAAAACAAGCCAAUGAGAAUGCAACAUUAUUGUUCCAAUGUUUGGUGCGAUCAACAUUGUGCACGAAAUAUGUAGCCGAAGAUCAUCGAUUGACAAACGAGGCAUUUGAAUGGUUGGUUGGUGAAAUCGAAUCACGUUUCCAACAAGCUCAAUGUAAUCCCGGUGAAAUGGUCGGUGCAUUGGCCGCACAAUCACUUGGUGAACCAGCCACUCAGAUGACAUUGAAUACUUUCCAUUUUGCUGGUGUAUCAUCGAAGAACGUAACACUUGGUGUGCCUCGAUUGAAGGAAAUUAUUAAUAUUUCAAAGAAACCAAAAGCUCCAUCGUUGACCGUAUUCUUAACUGGUGGAGCAGCACGUGAUGCUGAAAAAGCAAAGAAUGUAUUGUGUCGCCUUGAACAUACAACAUUGCGUAAGGUUACGGCCAACACAGCCAUUUACUAUGAUCCGGAUCCACAACGAACCGUUAUUGCUGAGGAUCAAGAGUUUGUCAAUGUUUACUAUGAAAUGCCUGAUUUUGAUCCAACCAGAAUUUCACCAUGGCUUUUGCGUAUUGAAUUGGAUCGCAAACGUAUGACCGAUAAAAAAUUGACCAUGGAACAAAUUGCCGAAAAGAUUAAUGCCGGCUUUGGCGAAGAUUUGAAUUGUAUUUUUAACGAUGACAAUGCUGACAAAUUGGUGCUUCGAAUUCGUAUAAUGAACAGUGAAGAUAGUAAAUUCCAAGAUAAUGAAGAGGACACCGUCGAUAAAAUGGAAGACGACAUGUUCUUGCGUUGCAUUGAAGCGAAUAUGUUGUCAGAUAUGACAUUGCAAGGUAUCGAAGCGAUCAGCAAAGUGUACAUGCAUUUACCGCAAACGGACAGUAAGAAACGAAUUUCAAUCACCGAAACGGGUGAGUUCAAAGCCAUUGGUGAAUGGUUAUUGGAAACGGACGGUACUUCAAUGAUGAAAGUAUUGAGCGAACGUGAUGUGGAUCCAGUUCGUACAUACAGUAACGAUAUUUGUGAAAUUUUCCAAGUGCUUGGAAUCGAGGCUGUGCGAAAAUCAGUUGAAAAAGAAAUGAAUGCGGUUUUACAAUUUUACGGUUUGUACGUCAACUAUCGGCAUUUGGCUUUGCUUUGUGAUGUUAUGACAGCCAAAGGUCAUUUGAUGGCCAUCACACGUCAUGGUAUCAAUCGACAAGACACUGGUGCACUUAUGAGAUGCUCAUUCGAAGAAACAGUUGACGUCCUCAUGGAUGCUGCCUCACACGCCGAAAACGAUCCAAUGAGAGGCGUAUCCGAAAAUAUUAUCAUGGGACAAUUGCCAAAAAUGGGAACCGGUUGUUUCGAUUUACUAUUGGACGCCGAAAAAUGUAAAUUUGGUAUUGAAAUUCAAAGUACAAUGGGUCCAGGACCGUUUGGAGCGACUGGCAUGUUCUUUGGCGCAGCCACACCAUCCACACUAAGCCCAGGAAGAACACCAUGGCUUACACAAACACCUUCACAUCCAGAAGCAUCGCCAAUGGGACCAACAAGCGGUAUGACACCAGGCGGACCAAGUUUUUCACCAUCUGGCCAAUCAGAUGCAUCUGGUUUAUCGCCAGGAUGGUCUCCGGCACAUAUUGGAUCACCAGGAUCACCAAGUAAUCCAGCUAUGUCACCGUAUGGAUACAAUUCACCAAGUGCAUCUCCAGCUUACUCACCAACGAGUCCAAAUUACCAAUCUCCCGCUUCGAUAUCAAAUUAUUCACCAAACAGUCCGAACUAUUCACCAACAUCGCCUGCAUAUGGAGGUUCUGCAAGUCCAAGUUACUCGCUAACAAGCCCAAAUCCGGCUUCACCGCACCAUUAUUCACCAGUGAGCCCAACAUAUUCACCGGCUUCCAUGAAUUCGUAUUCGAUUAGCUCACAUCCUUCGAUGAGCCCAUCAUUCCAUCAACAAAGCCAAUAUUCACCAUUAUCGCCACAACAAUAUACGCCGACAUCACCAUCGUAUAGCCCCACAUCGCCGAGCUAUAGUCCAACCUCGCCACGCUAUUCUCCGACGAGUCCAUCAUACAGUCCAUCAUCUCCAUCAUAUAGUCCCUCGUCGCCAAGUUACUCACCAUCGAGUCCGAGCUAUAGUCCAACGUCACCGAACUAUUCGCCAACAUCGCCGAAUUACUUUUCACCCGCAACAAACACUCCAGGGUCUGGCAGCACAGGUUACAGUCCGUCGGCAAUGUCACAAAAUACAUUGUCCUAUUCACCAACAAGUCCGAAUUACACUCCGGCAACACCAUCAUAUGUACCCGCAUCGCCAAAUUAUCUUCCAUCAUCUCCAGGUUAUAGUCCAGCCUCACCAACUUACUCGCCGGCUAGUCCUUCGAACUAUAGCCCAUCGUCGCCACGGUAUUCUCCAUCCAGUCCAAAUUAUAGUCCGACUUCACCGAAUUAUUCUCCCACUAGUCCGAACUAUUUCUCUCCAGCUACAAAUACUCCAGGUUCUAGCAGUACUGGCUAUAGUCCAUCGGCGAUGUCUCAAAAUACACCAUAUACACCGACUAGCCCAACAAAUACCUAUAGUCCAAGUAGUCCGUAGAUAAAUGAACAAAAAGCAAACUAUUUGGCAUCCAUUUUAUAAGUUAAUUUGUCAAUGUUUCUUUGAAAAGAUUGAGAAAACAAAUCGUUUCUAGACAAUAGGAUAAAAAAAAAUAAUGUGAACAAAGACCACUUUGAUUUGCUGAUAUGUUUAUUAAAACGAAGAUUCAUUUAGUGAAACACAAUUGCUAUUACAAAA